AAUCUUGUUUACUUCAAACUUACUCUACUUGUUCUUACAAAAUUCAUGUCUUAUUUGAACUAUACGGAUAGGAAAUAAGUAGUAUGAUAAUUAUUUGAUUUUGUCAUAAUGAAAUUUUAGAUCCGGUUGAGAAAAAAUCUAAAUCUAAACACCAGAGUCUACCAUAUCUUCAAUCGGUGCUAUAUAUCAAUGAUGUGUAUGAGUGUAUGACACAACACUCGACAAUUCAUUACCGUUUUAUAAAAAAGAGAAUUUUGUAGGGGGGCAUAUCCCUCAAAUAUUUCUGAAGAGAAGAUGCAAGGUCAGGAGGGGCACACUACUGAUGAUGAUAUUGGAAGCUUAACAUCUAUUAAAACAUCUGAAGUCGAUGAUUGGACAAAAUUUGGGGACAAUGAUAUUAUGCAACAACAUUCUGUUAUUCGGGCUGAGGAAGCUGAGAAGCUUCCCUUUGUGGGUGAUAAGGAGCAUCUGGCUUCAUUGGAAGCAGAAUAUCAAUCUGGGAGUCCAAUUUUAUUGCAGAAAAUUAAGAUUCUGAGUGAACAGUAUGCUUACAUAAGAAGAACCCGAGGAGAUGGAAACUGCUUUUUCCGAAGCUUCAUGUUCUCUUAUCUUGAGUAUAUUUUGGAAGCACAAGAUGAAACUGAAGUUGAACGUGUCAAAGUCAAUAUAGAAGAGUGUAGAAAGACACUUCAAAGCCUGGGCUAUGCAGAAUUCACAUUUGAAGAUUUCUUUUCGUUAUUCCUCGAGCAACUUGAUAGGGUUCUUCAAAGGAGUGAAGCUUCAAUAAGUCAUGAUGAACUCCUAGAGAGAACUCGUGACCCGUCAGUUUCUGAUUAUAUUGUGAUGUUCUUCAGGUUUGUGACAUCUGGUGAAAUAAAGAAACGGUCAGAGUUUUUUGAGCCAUUCAUACUAGGGUUAUCAAAUACUUCAGUGGAACAGUUCUGCAAGUCAUCGGUGGAACCAAUGGGAGAAGAGAGUGACCAUGUGCACAUUAUAGCUUUAUCAGAUGCCUUGGGUGUUCCUAUCCGUGUCGUCUAUCUUGAUCGCAGCAGCUCAUCUUUGUCAGGUGGUGAAAACAACAGCAGCAGCAGCAGUGGGGUCACUGUAGUAAAUCACCAUGAUUUCAUCCCCACUGCCAACCUGGAUGCAGACAGCGGUGAUGAGUCCACUGAGAAGGCCGUCGCCCCAGAGGCUCAUUCAGUUCUUCUUACCUUGCUAUACCGGCCAGGUCACUAUGACAUUCUGUACCGUAAAUGAUCUCAAAGAUGUGUAUCCUUGCUUUGCUAGGUGGAAACAGUACUCCCACUGUCCUAUGCAAUACAGAUGUGUUGUUACGGUGGUGGCUGAGAAUGGUUUGUGUAUGAUUCCUGAAGGGGCUAUAUCAGUUCUUUUUUCCUUGUUACCUGACUGCUUGUUGCCAUUGUUGGCCUAUACAUCCGUAACAACUAAACCUGUGUAUCAUCACCCUGUUGAAUAUUUUGCUGGUCACUAUAUUACUAUUUUCUACACACUGUUACAGGCCUACAGCCAUUACAACUUUCUCUGUUUUGAACCUAGUACGAGCAAGCCACAAUCUUCCAAAUUAAAGUAGAUUAUUCUAUCUCAUUUGCAC